GGCUUCCAGACGGUGCAGGAGCUGCUGGACACCGGCCCCUGCGGGCUGAGCACAGAGGUGGGUAUCUCCAAGGAAGAGGCGCUGGAAGUGCUGCAGGUUGUGAGGCAGGAAUGUCCCGGCGAGGCGCCCCGGGAUGCCGGGCUCUCCCGGAGGUGCACGGCGCUGGAGCUGCUGGAGCAGGAGCAGGCCCAGGGCUUCAUCAUCACCUUUUGCUCAGCACUGGACAACAUCCUUGGCGGUGGGGUGCAGCUAACGAAGAUCACUGAGAUCUGUGGAGCACCUGGCGUUGGGAAAACACAACUGUGUAUGCAGCUGGCCGUAGACGUACAGAUCCCGGAAUGCUUUGGGGGCCUUGCUGGAGAAGCAGUGUUCAUUGACACUGAAGGAAGCUUUAUGGUCGACAGAGUAGCAGAUAUUGCAACUGCUUGUGUGCAGCAUUGCCAACUUAUUGCCGAAGCUCAUCAGGAAGAAGAUCAUUUAAAAGCUUUGGAGACUUUUUCUCUUGAAAGUAUCCUCUCUCACAUAUAUUACUUCCGUUGCCGUGACUAUAUAGAGCUGCUAGCACAGGUCUACCUCCUCCCAGACUUUCUUUCAGAGCAUUCAAAGGUCCGACUGGUGGUAAUUGAUGGAAUUGCAUUUCCCUUUCGCCAUGACUUUGAGGACCUCUCACUUCGCACGAGGCUUUUAAAUGGUCUUGCACAACAGCUGAUCAUCAUGGCAAAUGAUCACAAAACAGCAAUAGUUCUGACAAAUCAAAUGACCACAAGGAUUGGACAAAGCCAGUCCACCCUGGUACCUGCUUUAGGAGAAAGCUGGGGACAUGCUGCUACCAUCCGUUUAAUCUUUCAUUGGGAUAACAAUCAAAGGCUGGCAACAUUGUACAAAUCACCAAGCCAGAAGGAGUCAACCAUACCCUAUGACGUUACACCUCACGGUUUCCGAGAUGUGCAGCCUCCAGCUGUUGCUCAAAACCCAGAUGGUACCGAAAUGAACCCUCGAAAACGUCCACGGAGAGAAGAGGAAAAAUAAGUGAUUCAAAAGUUGAAUGUUAAAAAGUUAUGCUACAUGUGAACCCUUGCAUAGUGAACAUGCAACUCAGGGCAGCAUGGGAGGUUGUUCAAGUAAAAUUCCUGUUCUGAACUUU